AUGGCAGAGAACAAGCGCCACGGUGUCGGAGUGAAAGCACCAGCGCAAGGUCCCUCGGGUGCAGCUACGAGUGCGGGAAUGACAGCUGCCAUGGUGCCGUUGGAAGUGGCAUUGAGCGGCGCAAUUGGCGCACGCAUUCGCAUUAGUACUGCACCCCCCACUUCCUCUACGAUCGAGGGCACUCUAUUCACCGCCUGUCCCAUCACAAAUCUCGUUGCUAUCAAUACAGCCGACGGCAAACAGACACAAGCGGGCGAUUACCGCAUUAUCCCGGUAUCGCGGAUUCAGUCAUUCCAACUCCUGUCUCUUGCUCCCACUGCCAACUCCGCUGAGGGCCCGUCCUUCUCCGAUGCCGUACCUCCGGUGCAUGCGCUUGACAUUCGAGCCCUGAGGGCUCGAGAGGCCAGCGCCGUUGGCAAGUUGCAGGAGAGCGAAGCGCGGCGUGGAAAGGGCGUUACGCGGGAGGCACAGGAGAUCUUCGACGCUUUUAGCCGCACAAUGCCCGCACGGUGGGACGGACCCAAUAUUAUCGUGGCAGAUGCCGUCAUUAUUGCGCCUCCUUAUCAUGUAGACGAUUGUCGAUCAAUCGCGGCCGGUGAUACGGCUGCACUGACCAGAGUGCGCAAAGUGCUUGAAAUGGAACGCAAGAAGAUUGAGCUUCGCAGCGCAAGUACGACGAUCGGCACGGCGGGGGCCUUUUCGCGCUCUGCAUCGGUCAAGGAUACUCGGAACUCGGCUAGCGCAAGUACUUCACCCGGGCCUGGUGCUGCUGGGCAGAGGAAAGGCGGUUAA